GUUCCCUGUGCGCAUGUGCAAAGGCUCAUUUCCGAGGUAAAUGGCAUGAGCGGGUUGUUGAAUGGUGUGGACAGGAGGGGAACGACGUGUCUUUAUGCCGAUGUGAUUGUGUGACACUGACAGGUCAUCUCUAUUAUAAAUCAAGAAGAGUGAAUCGGUUCAAUGGAUACUGACACAGAAAGCAGUAACCAUGAUGACCAAUGUGUUGGGAUGGAGGAGGAAGACAGCUGCUAUAUGUUCGAGUCCGAUGACGCUGCGCUGAAGGGCAAUUCAGACUACCGAGCGCUGCUGAAGACGAUCACUAAGUUGGAGGCACAGCGCAGCCAGGCAAUACGGGACAUGGAGGCCCUAAACGUGGCUCAGGGGGAGGCUCUGAAGGAUCCAAUCAAAUUUGUGGAAAAGCUACAGCAGGGUGUGAAGUUUAACUUUCCCCAGCAGCAGGAGAUAGCGUCGGUGCCGAACAUCGACUGGGAGAAGUAUCGAAGUAAUGUGGACUUCACUUCCUUCGGUGUCCCGCGUCACAUGACUCGACAGAAGAAGCUGCUUACCGAACUGGAAGAACCUGUGAUAGAGAGGGAGAAGACAGGACGAGUUCCCCAGGCAGUAUCACUGUUUGAUGACCCUAACGAGGUCACCGUUGUCCGAGGUCGCUUGAAGACGGAAUCCAAACCCCCGACCUUUAAUCAGCUGUGGACUGUUGAGGAACAGAAGAGGUUGGAGGAACUGCUGUUGGUGUACCCUCCUGAGGAAGUGGAGGCCAAGAGGUGGCAGAAGAUCGCUGUUGCCCUCGGCAAUCGCACUACGCAGCAGGUGGCCAGCCGGGUGCAGAAAUACUUCAUCAAGUUGGCCAAGGCUGGACUUCCUGUGCCAGGGAGGGCUCCCAACAUCGGCACUGGAAACAGGAGGUUCAGCCGCCAACAGCGCUACAACCGUGUGUACUACCAACCCUCGACAUUCCUACAGGCCUACACCCCCCCAGUCUACAUGUCUGAUGACGAGGACACACGGGCCUACUAUGACGCUGUGUCGGAAGACAGGUUCCUGCAGAAGUACGAGAAAUACGGAGACAAUCUUUCAUCUGAUGAAUCAGACGAGGAUGAGGAGGUACCCCUGGAGCUGCGAAACUCGGAGGAGUACCGAGAGCUGCUAAAGCUGAGGUCGUUCCGUGCUCACAAACUGCAGCAGACAGCUGUCCAAGUCCAGCAUGACGGCUUCAGGUGCGACAUGUGUGGGUGUGAGCCGAUUAUUGGCACCAGGUGGCACUGUAUGGACUGUCUGGAGGACGACUCCGUGGACUUCUGUGAUGACUGUGUGGACAGCAACCACGAAACAGAGACUCACAACUCAAGCCAUCGGCUGAAGCCGGAACAGAAGAAAGUGACAUCUGCGGGCGGUGAUCAGGACUACAUGAAGUUUACACUCGCCGACAGCAACUACCUUGACCCCAACUACAUGCCGGCCAGCUGACCACACAGUCACGUUGACGCAGUACAGUACACCAACCUACACUUGAACUGGAACAUUAGUUUCUUUAGAUCCAAUUGUGAAGUGAUGGGGUUCUACACUGAUGCUGGAUGUGUGUAUCUUGGGACACCUCAUAUGUUUGGGUUGUGGGAUUGUUGGCGAAUACAGUGAGACCUUGUUACUAUGGACACCUUGUAUUCCAGACUGGCUCUCACAGUGGGAGUGUUAGUGAAUACAAUAAAACCUUGUUAGUGUGGACACCUUGUAUAACAGAUGUCCCACACAGUGGGUGUGUUGGUGAAUACAAUAAGACCUUGUUGCUGUGGACACCUUGUAUUCUAGACUGGCUCACUGGGAUUGUUGGUGAAUACAAUGAGACCUUGUUACUGUGGACACCUUGUAUAACAGAUGUCCCACACAGUGGGUGUGUUGGUGAAUACAAUAAGACCUUGUUGCUGUGGACACCUUGUAUUCUAGACUGGCUCACUUGGAUUGUUGGUGAAUACAAUGAGACCUUGUCAAUGUGGACAGUGCGUAUUACAGACUGUUGUUGGUUUGAAUUAACUGUUUUCCAUAUCAGGUAAAGAACAAUGGACAAUGUUUGAGACAGAUUCUGUUAAAUGUGCACGUUCCACUGAAAGUUGAUGUGUGACCGACUUGAUUGUUACAUCCAUCAAGGCUACAAUAAUACUGAAGAUGACA